AUGGCUCGUUCACGGCGAAAGGCCAACUCACCUCCGUAUGAAGAUGAACAUCUCAGCUCCGACAGCUCCGACGAUAGCGGCGAUAGUCAAUAUGAUACGGAUCUCACAGAGCCUGAUUGCGAAGACGAUCAGCUGAAGGAUGCAGGUGAUGUCGCGCAGCUCUUUGCAGACAACGAGCAUUUGCCAGAAUACUAUCUGCAGCAACUUGAGCAGUUUGACGAGUCCGUUUACACCCAAGAGGAUUACAGCAAAGGCACUGUGUCUCUCCUUGACCAAGUUGAAACGAGAUGGAAUCAGUUCUGUGCAUGUAUUCGAAAAGAUCCUCAGCAAGAAUUCUUGAAGUUAUCCGUUGGCAUUUUGUAUACCUUUCUGGAUUGGGCUUUGAAUCAGCGACGAGGGAAGAAUGGAAGACGACUACCUGGAAUCAAGCGAAAGAGCUCGCUGGAAACUUUCUGGAAGGUUUUUCGACUUGUUUUUGAAAGAGCCACAUCUGGCAAGAUUGAAAAUCGCAUGAAUCGACAGAUGCGCCGGGUCAUCCGAAAGUUAUCCCGAAAUCAUAAGUUAUCCUGCAAGGGCCGUGAAAAGUCCACCAUGUACGUGGAGGACUUGACAAUGGUCGUCGAGACCGCGAUCAGUACCACAAAAAAGAAAUUUGGACAUGGGAGGCAUCGUAUCGAGCUCUGCCUCUUCUUGCAACUUGCUGGCCUCACUGCCAAUCGUCCUCAGGCCAUAUUGAAUUUGAUGUACCGUCAUAUUCGAGUCAGCCUGCUCCGAGAUCCGCAAGGUGGCCCACAUAGAAUCGUGAUUGAGUUCACCUUCGAGUUCACAAAAGGAUUCCUUGGCACGAAAGAUGAAAACACCUAUAUUCUUCCUGAGAUAAUUUUUGACCCAUCGCUUGUUCUCAGCCCACAUGUCUCUUUACUAGGCUUGCUCUUCGGGGAUCGUGCUUUCAAACGGGUCGAGGGACAGGAGGUUUUGUUCUCCGCAGAUCAGCUCCCUCGUCUAAAUAUUCCGGAAGAUUGUAAUGAACUUCCAUUACUCCUCGAUCCGGCUUUAGACGAUGUUCCAGUAUUCCGGCAAACAGAACGGUCGUUGCAAGGAAUGAGUAUCUCCCCCGACAAGCCUCUACCAUACUCUACGCUGCUCCCCUUGCGAUAUGGCGCUGCCAAAGCGUUGGAUAAUAGCGGUUCCGUGAGCGACUCUCUUCGUAAUCUGAUUAUGCACCAUGCCGAUACUCGCACCUUUCUGAAGUACUAUCUUGAUAGGAGGAUUGAUAAAAACCUACCUGCCUUAAUUCGCGGUCUCAAGCCAGAUGAGGAUAUCAUGCACGCAGCCUGCCGAAUGAGCAGGACCAUCGACCCAAACCGGCCGCAAGACCUGACGACUGUGCAAUCGUCCUCGGUCAAUCAAAGGCCGGAAGUUCUAGCACUGGUCCAGCGCCGUGACGAGCUACGUCAACAACUAGGCCGACCCCUGUCGCGGCAUCGAGGCACUGUCAAAUACGACGCUUAUAGAAAGCUGAAUCAAGAAAUCAACGGCGCGAGAGAACGGGCCAGAAAUGCCUUGCUGUCACAGCUUCAGGAGAAAUACGACCAAGAGCAACCUAUGCUGGAAGUUCAACGACAGCUGUCCGAGGCUACGCUUGAAAAAGCGGUCAAAACAAAACUGCAAAGAUCAGAGGAGCUUCCUCCACCUCAAAAGCGUCUGAUCGAAUGCCUAUUGAGUCUGCCACCGCCAACUUUGGAUCAAGAGAUGCGUCGGCGGACUGAAGCAAUCGAUGCGGUCGCUGUUUAUUGUCAAUUUGAGGAAGGGGAAACGUGCCGUCUGCCGCGCAACAAACGUUUUGAGACUGACGUGGUCGAGCUAGAUGGUCCUGGCAAUCACCCCUCAGAAGAUGAAGCGACCGAGAGCAAGUCUCAACCAGAUUCUCCUCUUGAGGCUGCUUUCCGAUCUAUCAUGAAGGAUCACCGACCUCUGUUUUGCUUUAUUUGUCUAGGACAAAAAGAACUGGAUAUGAAGAAGCGUGUGCAGCAAUUUGCAUCGCAUGGUGAUGUUUCGAAGCAUAUCAAGCGAAAGCAUCUUCAAAACAUUGCAGCUGGCACCGUAAUCUCGUGCAAUAUAUGUGAUCAAAAGUUUGAUAAAGUUAUGCACUUUCAGCGCCAUGCAAUCGAUUCUCACUCGACUGUGACGGGGUCAGUGGCCUUCAAUCAUCAAUGA